AUGCAGCAGCAACAGUUUGCGCCUGCUCAGCCGCAGCCAGUGCCGUUCCAGCAGCAUGCACCCGCGCCGGACCCGCGUCUGCAGCAGCAGCAGUUCGCGCCUCCGCGAGGCUUCGGGUUGAAGAUCCCGUCCUUGAAGGACAUGAAGCUUCCGAUCGAGAGAUUCUCUGGCAAGGAGAUGUACGAAGGCCUCGGCGCAGGCUUUAAAGAUUGGGGGCUCAGAUUCCUGGACGAACUUAUCGCCGCGCAGGUGAUUAGCGGCGGCGACUGA